CACUCCAGGUAAACAAUUCUCCAACACAUUCCACAUAGGAAAAACAAGGAACAGAAAUAGAAAUUGUUUUCUCUUUCAUUUCUCUCUGUGCACCUCUAUGAAAAAUCCUGAGAGUGAGAGAAAUGUACUUGCCACACCCCUCCAACUGACAGUUCUUUUGGAAAGAGUUUACUGAAGGAGGAGAAGAGAUGUGAGACAAAAAUUUGGCAGGAAGAAGCUGGAGGGGAAUGGUUUGUUUUCUUUCAGUUAUCCCUAAUAGAGCCAUCUUGAAGGUUGUGUGGGCAGAACUGUAAAAGACACUGAUACAGACAUUUAUUUUCCUUUUGUGUCAUCCUAUACUUUAAAUGCAUAUAUUCCAUGCUUCCUUGCUUUAUCAGACUUCUCUCCCUGAGAUUUAUCAACCAGAUCCUUUAGGAAGGCAUGGUCACUGCCUCGAGCAGCUGGAGCCCAAAAACUGCAGUAUCUGUUUCAACAGCCAUGGUACCACAGGGACCUCAGAGGAUGAAACAUUGGGAAGAUAAGAACAUGUGGAAUGUGGCCAUAGAUUCAGGAAGCUGAGGGUGGGAGGAAGAAAUUGGUUGCUUGAGUGAAUAUGUAGAUGUUGAACAAAUGGGAAGAGAGGUGACUAAAGAAGAGAUUUGCGUAUGUAGAAUUGAGUCUUUGCCCACUGAGAGAGAGGACAGUGUGAGAAAUACUUAAUUAUACAAGAAUUAGGACUCAGGAGCGAUGUCCUUGGAGCAUCUCUUAGUAGGUGUCUAAACGCAGCCUAUGUAGUCCCCAGGAGGAUGUUAACCUCUGCUCAGGCUGGAUUCUCUCCUGUAUUCUGUGGUAGAAAUGGAUUUUCAGCUACUUACCUGAUAAGUUGUGAGAGAAUAGUUACAUCAGACUGUUGUGCUGUCACCUUCAGCACCUGGGCACUGUCCCUUUAGGAAAAGGACUGUAACAUGUGAUGUCUAGCCUCGGUCUAAGAGAUCUUUUCCAGCUCAUUGCUGCUUUGAUGGUGGAUGUGCCGCAAGGAGAUAGAUUCAUUAUGUACAAUGGCAGCAAAGAGUGAGUUGGUGUUUGGCUGACCUCUUCUAUUUAUUAUAUGACAAAAUAAAUUGAAGCUAGUUUUCCCUUUGUGGAGAUAAAUAAUUCUUGCUGUCCCAGCCCUAGUAUGAUUUCCACUUUUAACUCACCAGUAAAACAUGAAUAAUGUGGUUUUAAAUUACCUGAUUGAUAAUAGUCACACAAAAUGCACCAGGGCCAGAGUUCCUUGAAACAGUAUGUUCCUGUGGUGGGUGGGAAUGCAGAUGAGGUGAUGACAGUCCUGACUCAGUCCUCAAUGAGGUUACAAACCUCCUUGCUGGAAUGAAAGCAUGUUCCUGCUAAAGGAUUCCCAGGAAAUGUACUGACUGCCUUCUAGCAAAACUAGGAUAAUUAACUUUAAGUGUGGAUGAAGCUCUUUGCACACAAAUGUGAUGUUCCUUUUGAAAAUAAUAAAUAAUUUUCAUAUUAAAAGCUGGAGGAAGACUCAGAGUCGUAAAACCCCUUUUGUACUGAUCUUGUUGCCCUUCCACAUGGCCGGGGUGACACACAGUUGUCAGUGAGCUCAGUUGUGGGAGGAGCCGGUAGUCCCUGGUGUUAUUGCUGCAGGGAACCUCAGGCUAUGGCAAGGCUCUUUUACACUGGGGAGUAAAUCACAUUAGCUGGUUUAUGUACUGUUAUUUUAAAGUGGAUUCUAAUUUGAGAUACUGAGUGGCUUUAUUCCUCCCUGAGCAGGGAGGUGGUCUUUUCUCCUUGCUCCGUUUUAAUAUUCGCCCUUUCUCAUCCCAGAGAAGGGGCAAAAAUGAGUGUUUGGCAGCCAGUGGCUUGGAUUUUUCAGCAGAAUAUCCUUAGUGAGCCUCACAGAGGUUGCUGCAGAUGAAGUCCCCAGAGAUUUUGUCUCUGUAUAUUCUUGUGUAGUCGCAGCAUUGAAAGAAAUUGUCAUUCUUUAAUAGCAAGUUUGCCAAGAAAACCAAUUUGGUUAUUGUUGAUUCUAGGUUUUUUUGUGGUGUUUUUUUUCUGACUUUCAGAGCUUACCUUUGAAGCCCUGGGUGAGUUCACUGGGUUUAACUUGUGUUUAGAACACUUGGACAUCAAACACAAAGAGCAGUGACUUUGCUGUUAGUGGUUUUCUCUUACAGCACUGUUCACUCUUGAGCGUUUUGAGGAGAUCAUGGAUGCACCUGUGAGGGGACAUGUAGAGUUGUGGUGGCUCAGGGUGUCUAAUGCUGAGGCAGCAAAGCUAAGAAGGAGAUUGCUGUUGGAUAGGUAAUGAGGUGCUUUGCCCCUUUGAGCAGUGCUUUCCCAUCCUCUGGAGCUGAAUGCAAUUCAUAGGGAAGCUGCUGGUUUAAUAAUCACAGCUCCAGAGAAAACACCAUCCCACAGGAACAGAAGGGAGUACUUGGAAAAAAAAAUGAAAACUGUCAGACAAUGACACCAAUAUUCUUUUGAGGCAUCAGGAGCAGCAGAGAAGUUUUGUUAUUAAUGACAUUUUCUGGAUUAGAUGUAAAAUGCAACAACUAAAGAGAGAUGGUUGUAGGUCUGUGACAGCAGCAGGUUGCAGAAGGUGUUGAGAAAAGGAAGGUAAAUGUGAAUGGUGUUCUGAGACAAACCUGUGUUGUCCUGAAGGGAUGGUUAAUUUACUUGCAGAGCUCAGAAUGAGCUAAUAUUCCACUAGAGGAGAUAUUUCAAAGUCACAGGAGCUGUGCUGGUUCUUGGAUCAUGUUGUGUCGUGAUUCACACAAUAUAUAGCGACACAGGAGUGUCACUGCCUCACCACUGCCAUACUGGAGUGGUACUGGACUAUAUUUGUACUCUUUAGUUAUGCCUGUUACUGUUCAGCUUGUGUCAUCACCCAGCACAGACAGGGUGAGGGAUGCCUGUUAUUUGGGGAGGAAAAUGCUGUGUCUGCAGUUAUUGUAAAUGCUUUAGCAUCUCCCACUGGCAUUGCUUCUUGCUCAUGUUUGUGAUGCUCAUUGUAUUGUAUGAAAGCAUUGGGGUGCUGGUGGAAUUUUGGGUGACAAUUGGGUGAUGUGUUGUAAUUGUCUCAUCUUUCAACUUCCAGAAAAGUAAGAACUUAAAAAAAAAAAAAAAACAACAAAAAUUUGAGCCAGGCUUCUUAUAUUUUAUAGUGGAGGGAAUAUAGUUGUGACAUACAUAACACGUACAUUUAACGUGAGUUUAAGAAAGCUGUUUGGAUUACUGUUUUACUAAACCUCCAUGAGGAUUUUUAUUACAAAAUGUAGCCUACUUUAUGGAUACUGAUAAAAAAACUGAGUUUAUCCUAUCACAAUGCCUUUUAUCUUUAAAUAUCUCUUUUUCUUUUAGGAUUUCUGCACUUGAGUUUCAAUUUCUGUCACACAGAUUCUUACGGUAAUCCUUUGGACACAGCAGAGCUUGCCGUUGAGUUCAGUGACGUUAGCCUGAGACUUCCCUGCCCUGAUGAUUUAUCCAUGCUGGCCAGGCCCAGUGGAACAGUCAGUGCUGAGGCUGGUAGGUGCCAGAAGGACAAUGAGCAGAAGAUGUUGUGGAUGGUCUGUGACCAAGGAAAGACACGCAGGAAGAAUUCAGUGUAACCUUGCAGUGCAAUUGGUGCAAUGGUUGAUUUGUUUCUCCUGAAUGGGAUAUGGAAAGUGGUGAACCAGUAGGACUUGACCAUGCUCAGUGAGAUAAGAUUUCUGUUCCCUUGUUCCCAUAACUUAAGAGGUCUUGUAGGAUGUGUUUGUAAAGCCUAACCUGCUUUACUCUGUGUUACUGAAGUGUGGUAGUGGAUAAUAACAAAUCCCUGGUAGCUCCAUGCCAUGUGUCAUGCUGGUUUUAAUGUCUCUGUUCCCUGUUUUUUUACAGGCAUGUUGCUGAAGAUCACCCUGUCUUCUGGAAGCAGAAACACAAUGAACGGAUGAAUCCCUUCAGCCAGAUAUUACUCCAGUAGAUCUCCUCCUCAUGGAGCACACAGGCAGGGAGGAGAUGGAUCUGAAAGAGGAAAGUCCUCAGGUGUGGACUGAGUCUGCCGGACAGGACCAGAACACUGCACAGGUGCACUUUGUCCCCGAGGGGGGGGCAGUGGCCCAGAUCAUGUACAGUGACGAGCAGGAGCGCGGCCCUGCACAGCAGGUGGUUUACACGGCUGACGGCACCUCCUACACCUCUGUGGACACCUCGGAGCACACCCUCGUUUACAUCCACCCCGUGGAAGCUACACAGACUCUGUUUACAGAUCCCUCCCAAGUGGCUUAUGUCCAACAGGAUGCUACUACCCAGCAGGUAACUGUGCUCUUGCCUGCUGCUGCGCAGAGCAUGAAUCCCACCAACCUGUCUGUGCUCGGCAGCGUUGCUGACUCCCCCCAGCCAGUGGCUCUGGAGCAGGGGCCACAAGCAGAUAGAGCAUCAUUACCGGUGCAUAACCAGGUGUUACCUCCUAUGGAGGCUGUGGAUGGUUCUGAUCCUUUAGCACCUCUGCAGAAUCAAAUGGAAAGGAUAGAAACAAAGGAGGAAGAAGAUGAUGAUGAAGAUGAGGAUGAAGAUGGGGAAGACACUGACAUGGAUGAGUGGGAUCCAGAUCCACCUCGACCCUUUGAUCCCAAUGAUUUGUGGUGUGAAGAGUGUAAUAAUGCACAUCCCUCAGUGUGUCCGAAACACGGACCUUUGCAUCCCAUCCCAAACCGGCCUGUGCUGACCAGGGCGAGGGCCAGCCUUCCCCUGGUGCUCUAUAUAGACAGGUUUUUGGGAGGUGUGUUCUCCAAACGGCGCAUCCCAAAGCGUACACAGUUUGGGCCUGUGGAAGGACCCCUCGUCAGACAGACUGAGCUCAAAGACUGCUAUAUCCAUUUGAAGGUUUCUCUUGAUAAGGGUGACAGAAAAGACAGAGACUUGCAAGAGGACUUGUGGUUUGAACUUUCCAGUGAGGCUCUGUGUAACUGGAUGAUGUUUGUGCGUCCAGCUCAAAACCACCUGGAGCAGAAUCUGGUGGCCUAUCAGUACGGCCACCACAUUUAUUACACCACCAUUAAAAAUGUGGAGCCCAAGCAGGAACUCAAGGUGUGGUAUGCUGCCUCCUAUGCCGACUUUGUGAACCAGAAGAUCCAUGACAUAACUGAGGAGGAGAGGAAGGUGCUCAGGGAGCAGGAAAAGAACUGGCCGUGUUACGAGUGCAAUCGGCGUUUCAUGAGCUCAGAGCAGCUCCAGCAGCACCUCAACUCCCAUGACGAGAAGCUGGACUUCUUCAGCAGAACCAGAGGUCGAGGUCGUGGGCGAGGAAAGAGGAGAUUUGGACCAGGCAGACGCCCUGGGCGCCCUCCCAAAUUCAUGCGCAUGGAAGUAACCAGUGAAAAUGUUGAAAAAUGUGAAGAAGGAACACAGGACUUGCUGCAUUUUUCCAGCAAAGGGCAGUUUGAUGAGGCCGGACAAGCCCCACUGAAUGGGCUGGAGCAGCAGGAACAGACUCCAGUGCCAACAGAGCCACAGGCAGCACUGGAGCAGCAGGAAAACCAUGUGCUCCAUGUACAGCCACAGCACGAGGGGAACGCAGUGCCCACGCAGAGCACUAUGACAGCAGAUGACAUGAGGCGAGCAAAGCGCAUCAGGCUGGAGCUGCAGAAUGCAGCUCUGCAGCACCUGUUCAUCCGGAAAUCCUUCCGCCCGUUCAAAUGCCUGCAGUGUGGGAAGGCCUUCCGGGAGAAGGACAAGCUGGACCAGCACCUGCGGUUCCAUGGGCGGGAAGGGAACUGCCCUUUGACCUGUGACAUCUGCAACAAGGGCUUCAUCAACAGCGGUGCCCUUGAGAGCCACAUGAAGUUCCACAUGGACCAGAAAACAUACUCCUGCAUUUUCUGCCCUGAGUCCUUUGACCGCUUGGAUCUGCUUAAGGAUCAUGUGGCCAUCCAUGUCAAUGAUGGUUAUUUCACCUGCCCCACCUGCAAGAAACGCUUCCCAGAUUUUAUCCAGGUCAAGAAACAUGUGCGCAGUUUCCAUUCUGAGAAGAUUUACCAGUGUACAGAGUGUGACAAGGCUUUCUGCCGCCCCGACAAGCUGCGACUCCACAUGCUGCGGCACUCGGACCGCAAAGAUUUCCUGUGCUCCACCUGUGGCAAGCAGUUCAAGAGAAAGGACAAACUGCGAGAGCACAUGCAGAGGAUGCACAACCCAGAGAGGGAGGCCAAGAAGGCUGAUCGGAUCAGCCGCUCCAAAACCUUCAAGCCCAGGAUCACGUCCACUGACUAUGAGAGCUUCAUGUUCAAGUGCCGCCUCUGCAUGAUGGGCUUCCGCCGCAGGGGCAUGUUGGUGAAUCAUUUAUCAAAGAGACAUCCAGACAUGAAAAUAGAAGAGGUGCCAGAGCUCACGUUGCCCAUCAUAAAACCCAACAGAGAUUACUUCUGUCAGUACUGCGAUAAGGUGUACAAGAGUGCCAGCAAACGCAAAGCACACAUCCUGAAAAACCAUCCUGGGGCUGAGCUACCUCCAAGCAUCCGGAAACUUCGUCCUGCAGGCCCGGGAGAGCCAGAUCCUAUGCUAAGCACCCACACACAGCUGACAGGCACCAUCGCCACCCCUCCAGUGUGCUGUCCUCACUGUUCCAAGCAAUACAGCAGUAAGACGAAGAUGGUGCAGCACAUCCGCAAGAAGCACCCAGAGUUUGCUCAGCUCCCGAACACGAUCCAUGCGCCACUGGCGACAGCCGUCAUCAGUUCCACGCCAGCUGUUCUCACCACUGACAGCACAACCGGAGAAACCGUUGUGACAACAGAUUUACUGACCCAAGCAAUGACAGAGAUAUCCCAGACCCUCACUACAGAUUACCGGACUCCCCAGGGAGAUUACCAGCGCAUCCAGUACAUCCCUGUGUCUCAAUCCACAACUGGCUUGCAGCAGCCUCAGCAUAUACAGCUGCAAGUUGUUCAAGUGGCCCAGGCUACCUCACCUCACCAGUCCCAGCACUCCACAGUGGAUGUCGGGCAGCUCCAUGACCCCCAGACAUACACCCAACAUGCCAUCCAGGUGCAGCACAUCCAGGUCAGAGAGCCAUCACCAGCAACUCAGUCAUCAUCACAGGCUGGGGGUCAGCCUUUGAGUCCCUCCUCGCAACAACCUCAACAGGAGCUCAGCCCAUCACAGAUGCAGACAACUACAUCAACACAAAACCAAGUCCUCCAGCAGCAGCAAGGCUCCUCAGUGCAGCACACAUAUCUCCCCAGCAACUGGAACUCAUUUCGGAGCUACUCAUCAGAGAUUCAGAUGAUGACCAUCCCCCAAGGGCAGUACGUGAUCACAGAGACUGCUGUGGGUACCCCGGUCACCACUGUCAACACAGGGCAAGUGAAAGCAGUUACUCAGACUCACUACGUGAUAUCUGAAGGUCAGCCUGAUCUGGAUGGUAAACCAAACUCUUCACUCUCCAGUGAGGUUCAAGUGGGCAUUUCCCAGCCCACAGUCCACACGGAUCCCUUGGAAUCCCAGACGAGCAGCCAGCAGCAAACCACCCAGUACAUCAUCACCACCACCACCAACGGGAGUGGCGGGAGCGAAGUGCACGUCUCUAAACCCAGGACUUUCUCAGCAGUGCAUGAGUGAAAGAGCUUCAUGGUGCCAUUUGCUUGUCCUUGUCACCUCCCUGACAGCCCAGAUAUGGGGGUACCCUGGGGCUCUAUAUGUUUAAUGUAUAUGCUCACUUACCUUCCACUAAAAUCUUGGAGCUCUUGUUAAUGCUUUAAGAGGGUUUCAUUCACGGUGACCAUGAGAUACCCUCAAAAUCCUUUUGGGAUGCUUUUUAUGCAGCUUUUAAGAAAAAGGACAAGAGAACUGAAACCUCUGCUGGCCCUGGACUUUAUAUUUGGCAUGUCUGCUGACCCAGCAAACAAUAUUAUUUUAGCUGUGUGGGAAAAAGCCUGCCUAGCUGAAGGCUUCCUGGCAGAUGUAUGUAUAUUUUUAAUAGGAGCCAUUAAACAGGAGAACAUCAUGUAAGUUUUUAGAAUAUGGCAGAACUGAUUCCUGUGGCUUCUAGCAGCCAAGGUGAAAGGGAGUGUCCCUGCGCCAUAUGAGCAGACUGCCUGCAGAAAGGAGCGACAGCAGCCAAGUGGUGGUUCGUGGUGUCCCUUUAUGGGGAUGGAUUGAACAAUGAAGCUGUGAAGAUGUGCCGAAGCAGUCCAUUAAAUUAUUAUUUUUCCGGCCCUCCAGAACUGUUUACAUGCUGUCUGCCCUGCCCUACUUUACCCAGCAGUUUCAGAAAGCAGGAAAAGCACAGUCUUAAACUCAUGUUGUUUGGAACAAACUGAUUGAAGUCCUAGGAGCACCUGAGAGUAGUACAGAGGCACUGUUACUACUUUUCCCUCCAGUUGUGCCAGGAGAAAACAAGGAUACAGAGCAUCUUCUGAAGGGACAGGGUCAUUAUCUCUGUGGCCAGCUCAAAGUAAAUCUAUUUCUCCUCUUCAAGGCUGGAUGGAGAGUUGGUUUCUUUGAGUUUUUUGGUUUUUUUCCAAAUAACCUUGUUAACAAUGCACUGUAAUUGCUUUGGACAGCUCCAGAAAAGAACCAGCCCUGAACUCAGGAAACACACAAGAAACAUGCUAGUGGACCACUAUUUAUGAAACAUGGAAAGACAUCCAUGAGAGUUGCCAGAUGUGAUGGACCUGGUUUACGUACAGAAUUCAUGUUGCAUUUAGGGACCAGGAGAAAGGGAAAGAGAAGGUUUAUUUUUUAAGGCCAUGUAAUAUGUUUUUCCUUACAUAGUUCUCCUUCACAGGUUGUCUUGGUUCUUUAAGGCAUUCUGGUGGUUGCAAAAACAUGACUAGAACUCCAUUGACUUCUGAUGGGAUAUACUGUGUAUGUCUGAAUUUCCAUUCAUUGCUGGAAAACUCAUCCCAGAAUAUCUGUGCAUAUCAGGAUACAUUUAUUUAUAAAACAAACGCAAAGAAGGAUGCUGUGUCUUAGCAGUCCUUGAGACAGAAGAACUUGAGAGAUUUUUUUUUAAUUUGUUUUCUCUUGUACUGCACUGAGUGUGAAUGUAGGACUCUUCCAUAGAUAUUCCCAUGGAUUCACAUGUGGAUUACCCAUGUCAGUAAGUACUACUCAUUGUGGUAUCAGGUUUUAUGGAGUUAAAGCUCUUUGAUGUGAGGGAACUCCACACUCAGGCUGCACAAGAGCAAAUCUGAUUCCUUGUGGGCAAAGUUUUGUAGCAGGUAUGGCUUUGGUAAUUAACUUACCUGUUAAUGUGGCAUGGAAAUAGUAUUGAGAUAAAUCAGUUGGCCAAUACUGGCCUGCUGAGAAGUGUUCUGAGGUAACUCUGAAGUGACUUGCCAAAAUGUGGAUUACUUUGUUCUUGGGAUUUCUCUGCUCUUGCUGUACCUCCAUACUGGAGCACUAAUGAGCUGGGUAGAAUUAACGUGGACCAGAGCUCCCAUUUGGUCAAGUGCAGUGAUGAGUGACCUUAAAUUCUGUGGAUUUCGCAGCCCAGCCACUGUGGCAGUGUGGAAAAGUAACCACAGUGCCCAGUAACUUGAGUUCAUGUUGCUGAGGUCUUUGGAAUUACAAUGCUGGGCCUUGCAAUGUUGUUUGUGUGGGAAGAGAGUAGGGAGAAUUUUGUCUUGGCUUUUUUCAGGCUGCUGGUAAUUUAAUAACAAGGCAGAAAUGCUACAAGUAGUAGGAAAAUAGCAGACUUGGAAAUGGGAGACUGGGAAUGCUGGGAUACUGGAGGAUUGCAGGAGCAAUUUUAAUAGUCUUAAAAGUUUGACAAUAGAUGAACAUCAAAUAUGUUCCCAUUAUUGAUGUUGCAGAUGUGGGGUUUAAAAACUACUUUGCUCUAUUCACCCUUGUUGGAACGGUCCAUGAAUGAGGACAGUUGUACCAUGUAUUUAAAACUGAAAACUAUUUAACACAGAAAACCAUUUUAAAACAGCCUUUUUUAACUCAAAUCUUCCUCAUCAAAGUUUCUCUGCUCCACAGCAGCAGCACCCUUGGGCUAUUGGCCUAACUCUAGGUGAAGUAAUUCCUAGUGUCACAAGUUGAAUGAAUUGUCUGUGAAAGAAGCAUGCCUGGAAAUGGAAGUACCACAGAUUUUCUUUCCAAAAUAAGGAACUACAGUGAUUGCACAGAUGACAAAGGUUGCAUGGAUUUUUUUAUCCAUUUUUGUAGCGCAGAAGGUAUAGGAUGUAUUAUUGUUUUUAAACCAGAGCAACACAAAGAUCUCUCUAAGUUGUAUCCCACAGAAGUGUAAAUUCAGAGAUCCAGAGUCCUCUCAGUUGCCUGGAAGAUCUGUUUUGUUUGGAGAUGCUGUCCCUUGGAGGUUCUGUAUUAUCCUGGAGGAAAGAGAAAACAGCCCCAGCCGGCGCACCCUGAUCUUGCAUCUCUUGGACUGCUCAGGCCCCAUCUAUUAUUUAACUCUGUAUGUUUAAUGUACAUUUGGUGACUGUUGUUGUGUUCAGAGUCUUGUGCAACUUGGCAGGUGUUAAAAAAAAAAACAAACAACGAAAAACAAACCAACCUGAAAAUAAUAAAUCUGUUUAUCUUUUUUUUUU